AGAAUCACAUCUUUGCAUACACCCUCUUCUCACACGACAACCAGCGAGCGACUAGAAAGGCAACGAGAACGACGCGCCCAGUAUCAUGUCCCGGGCCCUCGUCGAGGUCUCGCGCCUCACAAGGCCAGCGAGGCUCCGAUGCCGCCCUUCCCUCGGGACACUCCCCUCCAUCGCGCCUUGCUCGACCCAAUCGCUGUCCCGAGGACUGAAGACGACUUCGGUUCGGCGUGAGGAGCUUGCAGAGAAGUCUCUGCCACCAGCAUCCGCCGCUCGCCGAACCUCGGUACGCGGCUCUGCCGAGCGGAGAGACUACGAGGCGAGCCUGCAGCUGUCACGCGAGCUCGACGCGCUCGACGCGGCGACACAUGCCGACGCCAUGAGGAAAUCCAAGCUGCCAAGCCUGCUCAAGGUCAUGACCUCCGAUCUGAAACCUUUCAUGUCGGGAUCUGGCACAGACGCAGGGGCCAGCGCCGAGGCUGGACCCUCGAAGCAGCCCUUCACCGCCCACGCGCCGCUUCCUUCGCGCAAGGGCAAGGAGCGAGCCGUCGAGUUCUCGGAGGCCGCGGAGGUCGAAGCCAAGUCCGAGACCAAGCGGAAGUCCAAGGCGAAGGCCGCACCCCGCCACAACCCUGUCGGUGUCCAGCUGCUCUCCGAACACAUGCACGCGCAGCUCUUUCCCGGAGAGCCGCUGCCCAAGGUCCCUGACAAUCUUCUGGCCAUUUCCAAAGACCACUUGCGGAUGCACGGCCUGUCGCCUGAAGGUGCCGCAGUGCUCCCGGAGAUCUCCUUCGACAUGCCCGCCCUGGAAGGAGGAAAUAUCCGCCAACACUUCCACGCGCUGGGGAACCACGCAGCCGAGCCGUAUCUUUCCAUGGCGAAGGACUUUGCCCAACUCGACCUUCCCCCGAUGCCUCCACAGUGGGUUGUGGACCGACCAGGGUGGACUCGGUACGCUGCCGACGGCAGCACAUCGGCCGUCGACAGCCUCGACGGCGAGACGAUUGUUUCAUUUGACGUUGAGACGCUAUGGAAAGUUUCGCCAUAUGCUGUCAUGGCUACAGCUGCGAGCAAGGACGCAUGGUACUCUUGGCUCAGCCCUAGUGUGUUCGAGGAUUCGCCAACCACGGGGACCGAAGCCGGAAGCAAGCCCGUGUGGGACAAGAGCACACCAGAGACAUGCCCUCGUACCCUUAUCCCGCUGUUCAAGGGCAGCAAGACGCCAGCCAUCGCCAUUGGCCACAAUGUAGGGUACGACCGUCAGCGUGUGGCGGAAGAAUACUGCCUUGAAGGCACACAGACACGCUGGCUCGACACUCUGUCGCUCCACGUUGCCACACGGGGCAUUACGUCGGUCCAACGAGCGGCAUGGAUGAAAUACCGAAAGAACAAGGUCAGCAAGGCCGAGCAGCGUGCCGAAACCGCAGAGUUCUUGCAGGAAGAAGCCGAAAAGAACGGCGAUAGCCUGCUGGCCCAGAGUCUUGCCGAAUGGAACGACGGCGCCGACGAGGCCGAGGCCGGAGCGAUCAAGACUUGGGAAGAAGUCACAUCUGCCAACUCGCUCGCCGAUGUGGCGGCGCUCCACUGUGGCAUCAAGGUCGACAAGAGUAUUCGUGACCGGUUCGGCGACGACAGCAUCAAACAUGCGUCCGAGUUGCGACCCGAGCUCGCCGAGCUGCUGACGUACUGUGCCAACGACGUCCUCACCACCCACAAGGUGUACAAAGAAGUCCUGCCGCUCUUCUUGAACUCGUGUCCUCACCCCGUGUCCUUCUCGGGCAUGCUCACCAUGGGCAGCGCAUUCCUGCCUGUCGACGAGCAGUGGAAAGAGUAUCUCCGCAACGCGGAGACCAAGUACCAGGAGCUCAAUGAAGGCGUUCGACAGGCCCUCCGACAUCUGGCGGACAACGUCAGGCUUGCGGGUCCAAAGGACGACGACCCGUGGAUUUCGCAGCUCGACUGGACGCCAAAGGCUGCGAGAUGGGUGGAUGAGUCUGGUGCUGUGGCCCAGAGCGCCCCAGUUACCAAGGCGAAAGCGAGCAAAGCUUCCUCGAAAGCCCUGCAGCCCCGCUGGUACACGGCCCUUGCGGAGCCCUCCGACCUCGCCACCAACCACUCCCAACGCUAUCUCCUCCCUCUUCUCAUGCGCAUGUCGUUCCGCGGUUACCCGGUGUACUACCUACACGACCACUACUGGUGCUUCAAGGCGCCGUUAGAGGCCGUCGCCGACCUCUGCUCCAUCCACGGCGCGCCGGUAGAGCUGUCACCCAAGGACGCAGCGUUGGAGCCACUACUCGACGACGCAGUCUUCUUCCGUGUCCCAUUGCAUUCCGAAGCGCGGCGAACCAAGCUUGUGGGCAAGGGCGUCAGGAAGGACGUGGGGAAUGGCCUCCUCACGAGCCCGUACACCGAUCUGCUGCGCCGCCUGACGUCGGCUGGACCGGACGCGGUUGUGGACCAGCUGAUGACCUGUGCGAGGGAUAUGCUCAAGGACGGCCGUGACACCGAAUGGGGCGCACAGCUGGACUGGACGGUCGAGUCGUCUUCAGCCGCGUCCUCGAGCUCCUCUGCGACACCCAAGCUCUCACUGAAGCGUGCCCCCCAUGGCACCUGGCCAAAGUGGUACUGGGAUCUCACCGUCGCGCCGACCAACAACAAGGUCGCUCAGGGUGAACUUGACCUGUCCACUCGGAAAUCGGUCUCCCCACUUCUGCUUCGGAUGCAGUGGCAGGGCUACCCGCUUGCCAUUAGCAAGGAGCACAAGUGGCUAUACCGCGUGCCGGUGACAGAAGCAAGCAGCGACCCAGAGUCAGCCGUUUCUAUCCUUAAGGCUGUCACCAUCAAUGGCGUCAAAGGCGACGAACAUCUCGCCAACGACAAAACGCACCUGUACUUCAAGAUCCCCCACAAGGAUGGCGAAGGUGCCAACGUCGGGACGCCAUUAUCCAAGGCGUUCUUAAAAGCCACUGAGAACGGCAUCCUCACCUCAGCGCUGGCUUCCGACCCUGACCCCGAGGUCGCCAACGCCGCGUCCGCUGCGAUGAACAUGAAUGCCCUCUGCAGUUACUGGAUCAGCUCGCGUGAGCGCAUCAUGGAUCAAUUUGUGGUGUACCGCGAUCCAUCGCGAGGCAUGAUCCUGCCACCGGUCAUCACAAUGGGGACGGUCACACGCCGCGCAGUCGAAGCGACAUGGCUUACGGCGUCAAACGCGAAGAAGAACCGCGUUGGAUCCGAGCUCAAGGCCAUGGUGCGCGCACCGCCCGGUUAUGCCAUUGUCGGCGCCGACGUCGACUCUGAGGAACUGUGGAUCUCGAGCGUGAUGGGCGACUCGCAGUUUGGCACUCAUGGCGCCACCGCGAUCGGCUGGAUGACCCUCGAGGGGACCAAGUCUGCUGGCACCGACCUGCACUCGAAGACUGCCAACAUUUUGAACAUUUCGCGCGAUGGCGCAAAGGUGUUCAACUACUCGCGCAUCUAUGGUGCAGGCAAGCCCCAUGCGAUCCAGCUGCUCCUCCAGGGCGACGGCAAACUGUCGAAAGAAGACGCGGACACCCUCGCGACCAACCUCUACAAGCAGACCAAAGGCGCCAAGGCCUUUGGUGGGAGAAAGGGCCAGCCCGGCAAGACGAACUACCUCUGGCAUGGCGGCUCUGAAUCCUAUCUGUUCAACACCCUCGAAUCCAUUGCACUGAUGGACCGGCCGACAACCCCUGCUCUGGGCUGCGGCGUGACGCGUGCGCUGCGCAAGUCGUUCCUUGACGCCGGGCACAGCUACCUGCCGUCGAGAAUCAACUGGGUCGUGCAGUCGUCUGGCGUCGACUACCUGCACCUGCUCAUCGUGUCAAUGGACUACCUCAUCAAGAAGUACGGUAUCAAGGCGCGGUAUCUUAUCUCGGUGCACGACGAGGUGCGGUACUUGGCUGAAGAGGACGACAAGUACCGUACUGCGCUGGCACUGCAGAUCGCCAACGCAUGGACGCGCGCCCUGUUCUGCUUCAACCUUGGCCUGGACGACAUGCCGCAAGGCAUUGCGUUCUUCUCUGCGGUUGACGUGGACCACAUUCUGCGCAAGGAGACGGACAUGACGUGCGUGACGCCAAGCCACCCGUCAGCCCUGGACUGCGGCGAGAGCCUCGACAUCAACGCUGUGUUGGAGCGCACUGGUGGCGGCAAGCUAGGCCGAGUAGUUGACAAGCGUCCCUUCGAGCGCGUGGCCGACCCUGGGCCGCCGGUGUCCAUCUUUGGCGAUAUCCAGUCACCGUCGCAUGCGCGCUUCCUCUCAGCACAGGCGAGCACCAACGGCGCAGGCGCGAGAGGUUGGCUUGCCAAGCAGGCGCCGCUGGACGACAGCCCAAGUGGUGGCGGAGACGACAGCGGCGGCAGUGGAGCCGUGUUCGCGCCUGCGCCAAAGAAGCGGGCGUCCCGCAAACCCAAGGCGGAGGUGUACGUCCAACUUGGGGACGACGAACCAGUGUACGACGCGUACGAGGCGCACGGGCACAGCUCGUGGUCCGACGCCGACCUGUCCGAGGCGCUGCGUCAUCUCAGUGUCCGCGGACCAGACAAAAUCAGGUGGUAGUAACAGCAUGAUGCAUCUUGCCCAAUGAAAUAGCAGUAAUGGUACAUGAGAUGGCGCGUGGCCUGUAGUAGCAGUUGUCUCCUCUAGAAAAGCUUGCGGAUCGGCUCGAUGAUGGCGCCGGGCUUCUUGACGACGCGUGGGAUAGUCUGGCGCUGGAAUCCGGCGCGCGAGUUCCACUCGCCACCAACGGGGUUCUUGAAGCUGGCCUCGUACUGCGCGACCGAGGUGAAGGGGUAGGGCAGGUCCUUGGGGAGGAAUGCAGCGGCCUUCUUCUCCUUCUUCUCCGAGAUGAUAACGUUGGAGCGUCCAGCAUCCUUGCGGUCCUGCUCCUCGACGCCGGCAGUCGUCUUGAGGAACCGCGCCGGUGUGGGGUUCUUGCGCGCCUUGACGCCCUUGCCGCCCCAGCUGCCCCAGCCGGCGAGCGUCGUGUCCUCGACCUUGGGCGCGUCGGCCGCCACCUGCGCCGCCUUGGCCGCGGCAAAGUCGGCCACGACGUCGUCGCCUGCGAACGCUUCGGCGACGAGCGAGCGCUGCGCAAACGCCUUGACACCGGAAAUGGGGAGGAGCUCCUCGGCGUCGUCCUCCGAGUCCGACUCGGCUGCAGCGGGCUUGGCCUUGGCCGCCGCCUUCUUCGCCUUGGCCUUGGGCGCCACGUCAAUGUCUACCCGGUCGUCGUCGUCGUCGGCCUCGGCGCCCUUGGCGGCCUUCUUGAACACGCGCACGGCGCGUGCUUCGGCGCUGUUGCUGAUGGUGUUGCGUUUCCUUGAUGGGCCGGAGGACGCCGCGCCGUCGAGCCAUGGGUUGACGUCGCCGAGGAAACCGGGGGCAGGCGACGGGCUGCGAGCCGGUGCUGCCGGUGCGGACGGCGUCGACUUGGUGACCUUGGCCUUGGACGCUGGUGCUGGUGCCGCAGCACCCGCAGGGCCAGAGAACACCAUGCGUCCCUCACCGAGCUUGAUGACCUCGGCCUCCUCGUCUUCGCUCCCGCUCUCGUUGCGCUCUCCGCCGAACAUCUCGAUCUCCUUCCGCAGCUCGGCCUCAGCCUCGGCGACCUUCUUGAGCUCGCGCUCCGCCGCCUUCUGCAUGAACGCCAUCUGCAUCAGCCCCUUCUUGGGCUGGGGCUCGGCAGCGACCUUGGCGUCCAGAGCAGCGAGCUGGUCGAACGCGCGGGUCUUGAUCUCGUCCUCGUCAAGGUCCUCGUCGUCGUCGUCAGACGCCUCCGAGUCCGACUCCUCGUCGUCCGAGCCCUUGCCGUGGAUCUUGCGCUGGAGGCGCUGCUUAAUGCUAAGCAUCUCCUCCUUGGCACGGCGCUUCUCCUCAAACUCAUCCCCGUCGCCGCCGACGUCGCGUGCCCAGCGGCCCGAACGAGCUCCGUGGCGCAGCGUCGCGCGCUCGAGGGCACGUUGCCGCUCCAGCCGCUCGAUCUCGGCCUCGGCAGCCUCUGGGUCCAGCCGCUCCAGGUCCUCGAGCGAGAUACCCUGGUCGGCGUCGGCUGCCGCCGCCUUGGCGUCACGCUUGCGGGCAAGCUUGCGGAAUGUCUUGGACUUGAUCUUGGACACACGCUUCGCCUUGGCCUCGGCGCGGAACAUGAGCUCGCGCUGGUGACGCAGCUCGGCGCGGCGCUCGGCAAUCUCCUCGACGGUGAGGUCCUGUCCGCGAAGUGCGGCGUCCUCGGCGGCGGUGACACCCUUGUCGGUCAGGUUGGCCUUCGACAGCAACGCCUGGACCGCUGACUCGUGCUCGUUCUCGGGCUUGAAGGUCGCAACGAGCUCACCCGCGGACUUGACACCGCCGCGCUCCUUGGCUUGCAGAGGGAAGGAGAGGUGCUCGGCCUCCUUGACGCGCUUCAUCAGGCCAGACCACUUCUGGCCCUCCUCCUUGGUCUUCUCGUACGCCGCCUCACGGCCGAGGCGCUCCUGCACCACAGUGGGGAGGGGUGCGGAGAGCACGCCGCCCUUGAGGACCGAAGUCGCCUUCUUCUCGCCCUUGGUGGGGAGAAGAGCCGAGGCGCCAGCGAGCGCGGGGUUGGACGAGAUGAGCGAUGCGAGGUCGACCUUGGUUUUGCUCUUGAGAGCGAGGUCGCCACCGUCAGACAGACCAGGAGCAGAGACAACAGGGAGCACACGGCGCUUCUUGCCCUUGUCCACGACCUCUUCCUCCUCCUCAUCCGCCUUGCGCUUCUUGUCGGCCGAGGUGAGCUUGUCGACGAACGAGUCGAGGCCGUCGAGGUCGUCGUCUUCGUCGUCGUCCGAGAGGUCGGACGGGAGUUCUGGGUCCGAGUUGUCGUCUUCGUCGUCCUCCUCCUCCUCCUCCUCAUCCUCCUCAUCCUCCUCAUCCUCGUCCAUCUCC